UCGCCGCGCAUGCGCACCCCGAAGCUGGGCGGGGUGAGGAGGGGGCCGGGCUCCAUCCGGGUCCCUCCCCGUCACACAGCGGCGGCCGGGGCUCGGGGCGAGGCGCCUACCCAUGAGCUCAGAUUUCCAGCAUUACAGUUUCAGGAUGCCGAACAUCGGGUUCCAGAACCUGCCUCUCAACAUAUAUAUCGUGGUUUUUGGCACAGCCAUCUUCGUCUUCAUCCUCAGUUUACUGUUCUGUUGCUACUUGAUCAGGCUCAGACAUCAAGCACACAAAGAGCUUUACGCCUACAAACAGGUAAUACUUAAGGAGAAGGUGAAGGAGUUGAACCUACACGAGAUCUGUGCCGUUUGCUUGGAGGAGUUCAAGCCCAAGGACGAGCUGGGGAUCUGCCCGUGCAAACAUGCCUUCCAUAGAAAGUGCCUCAUCAAAUGGCUGGAGGUGCGCAAGGUGUGCCCGCUCUGCAACAUGCCGGUGCUGCAGCUGGCACAGCUGCACAGCAAGCAAGACCCCGGCCCCCCCCAGGGCCCCCUCCCUGGAGCAGAGAACAUCGUAUAGCUCUGUGCCAUCAUGGACUGCCCCGGGGCUGCUGGGGGGUACCCGGAGACGACCAAAGCACUGCGGAACCAGCAAGGAGCCAAGCUGGGGAUGGGAGGAUGGAGAGCUGAGAGCACUUUAAGGAGGGAGCAUCCCCAUACCCCAAAAUGGUGCUUGGUUUCGGAAUGGGGUUUUCCUUGCUGGGAACGUGGAGCUCAGUGACUGUUGGGAAGCCUCAGUAUGAUGCCUUGGGAACGGAGCGGCCGAGCGGUGCCUGAAUGCACUUAUCCCCCUCUGAGCAUCACCCAGGAGAGCCGGUGUCCGUCCUGUGCGGUGCUGUGGGGUCAGUGCCAUCCAAGGGGGGUUAAUUUCCACCCCUGGUUAUGAUCCUUACUGAGGAUUGCAGUUUCUCCUCCCAAAGGGCCGCCCAGGGCUUAGGGCCGGGUGCUUUUUGGGGUGGCUCUCCCCCCUGCUCGGUGCCACGGGCUACCUCAGGGCUUCCUUCAUCCCCGCCAUGGGUAAGAGCAUCUCCCAUCGGUGCGACCGCCUCAGUAUCACAGCACGGGUCGGGGCAAACCCUGCCCUUUGGGUUCACGUUGAGCUUGGCCCUUCAGGAUGGCUCAGCACCACCCAAAGUCCUCACCCAACCCUCCCCGAGUGCCAAAGCUGCUGGGGGCUGCACCACCCCCUCCUCUCCUCUCACCCCAUGGGGCAAAUUCAGCCCUUUUCAGGCAUCAUUCCCCCCCCGCCUUUCAACCCGCAGCUCUUUAUGGGAGGGGUCCCCAGUGUUACCCCACAGCGGGGCUGGGUGGGGCUCUGGGGGUGUGUGUAGGGGGUGGGGUCCCUCCUGUACAUAACCCGCGACUCCCAUGACUGUUUAUGGAGCGUGGAGCCUCAUAGACGUGUUUGUACACUACAAAUUCUGCAGCAGAAUAUUUUUAUAAAAACAUUUGCUGUUUUCUUUUUUUCUUGAUGGGGGGGGGGGAGCCCUUUUUUUUUUUUGUAAGCUCUAUUUUUGUAUAUUUAAUUGCUAUUUCAAGAUUCUAACGCGUCUUUCUGUUUUGCUAAUGGCACUGUUGGUAAGGAAAAAAAGCAAAGCAAAGGAGAAGCGGUUUUUGCAUGUGAUUUUUGAGUUGAAAUGUAAAUAAAGGCAGGUUUUGGA